ACAAAAAUGUAUUUUGAAAAGAGUUAACUCUCGAAACCCUACCGCAUUCAACCAUGGCUGUUGAAUCUGAAUGGCUGUUGCACAACCUUUGGCGGCUAUGAUACAACCUCCUGCGGUCCAGUUUCAAUUCAAUCCACAUAUGAUUAUGAAUUUGAAGAGAGGUAUCUAUCGCCAUCACACAAAAAAGGAAAAAUUCAGUUUCUCAACCGAAUUGAGUGGAUAAGUACUGCGAAGUUCUACCCUCUUCAAAUUUUUGUUUUCUGAACUGCGAUAAUGCCCAAAGCUAAAAGGUCCAAUCGUCCCCACAAUAAGUCACAUGAAUCAAAGAAACAUGGAAAGAAAGGGAAGAAACCUCGAAACAAGUCACUAAAACUUGAUAUUCAAUCAAUCUCUGCUAUGAUAGCCGAUACCCCUAUUAGUAGAAAUAUCUCAAUAACAGUAAACUCGAUAGCAAGGGCAAGAAAAGCACAACUUGAAGCCAUGAAGGGCAAUUCCUCUGAAGAUGACAGUGAGGAUAAUUAUCAUGAUCAUAAUGUUUGUAUCGCAGGUCGGUUUGGAAUAGGCAUGGAUUCUCCAAUACCAGACUGCUAUAUGAAGUAUUUUGACAUUGUAGAGGAGGCUCAUUCUCCUUGUUCCCUUGGAGGAUACCGGUCUUGCUCAACACCAGAUAUAUCUUCAUACGUAUCUCCUACAUUCUCUAUCAAUUCUUCUCCAGAGACUACUCCAGUACGAGAACCAUUCCCAUCACCUUUGGAUCGAGACCUUGAGGAUCAUGUGUCCAAUGAGGCCUCACACGCCCCAUCAUCACCUUUGGAUCGAGACCUUGAGGAUCAUGUGUCCAAUGACGCCUCACAUGCCCCAUCAUCACCUUUUGAUUGAGAGCUUAAGGAUCCUCGGUCCAAUGACGCCUCACAUAUUCUAGGGGGGCCAAUGACAAGAUCAAAGACAAAGAAAGAAAAACAAGAGUUGAAUCCUUGAAGCUUGUAGAAAGCAAGGACACAUGAUCUCUUUGUUUGCUUGCCAUAAUAACCCCCCAAUGAUUCUCGAUUGUUCUCUUAUUAAUUAAUUGUUUAUAUUCGGUUUUAUGUGCUAUAAGAAAAGUUCCAAGUUCCUUUCGAGUAUAGAAUUGUGUUUUUCUUUAAUAAAUCUAAGAUGUUUUGUAUUUCUUUAAUAAGUCUAUGAUGUUUUGUAUGUUUAUGUAAUUACUAGUAAAAUACCCGCAAAGGUAAAUUUGUUUAAUAUUUUGAGAUAUACUCUGAAAGUAUAUUUUAAAAUGA